AUGGCUCAAUACGCUGCUGACAGAACGAAAGCAGUCCAUUUAAUCUUGAUGAUGUCCCUUCAGCUGUGGAAUCCAACAAUCCUGUACCGCAGGAAGAGGUGUUUCACAGCAUGUUUAUUGCCUGUGAAGGCCAGGAGACAACUGGCCAUACUUUGGAACAGACUCCUGUAUACCUUACCUCUGUCAGCCUUCAAGAAAGUCUUUCACAAGAAGGACAAGGCAACUGCAGCAAGUUUAUUACUGCGUCACACUAAUCUCCGCGUUGAUCCUCAUCUCACAUUUGCCCCCGAUCACCCCAGUGCAAUUGGCUUGCAUGAAUUCCUCCUGAACACUCUUUCUGACCACACCCUUUCCGUCUCUCUGGAUUUCUGCCUCAAUAACAAACAGUUCAAACCCAAGUUCGGCAAGCAUGGUUUUGACCCUACAGGCUCGAUGAUGGCAAUCGGGACUGGCGUUUCAUAUGAGGCUCCUUUGCUAAUGAAAGAAACAUGUGGAGAGUCAAGGAGGGUCACGAAUCUGUAUGAUCAGCUGAUCAUCAACCUCCGUUUGGAGUUGAAGGCCCUCCACAGAUACAUCGUAUCAGAUUGGGAUGAAUGGGUUCACAAAGCGCCAGCAUCUUGGAAGGAUGACGGUAUGGGCAAAACCAAGCAAUUGCGAGCUUGGAUCCGGCUGCUCAAGGCAUUGAAGAGGCAAACUGGCAAGUGGAGCGCGAAUAUUCCGACAUUCGCUAUAUGUCCAUGGCUAUUGCCACGGAUCUCACCUGUAAACCAGUGUCUCGGUGGGGUGCAAAUACCUGAGGAUGAGUUGUUGGGAGCCCACAACAUCAUAUAUGACUCCCCAAACUCAUCCUUCUGGCAGCCAGUGAAUUUGGAGGACUUCCCUGCCUGA